AUCCGCCUUGCCAAACAUAAAUAUAUCCCUUGUUAUAUACAAGUAUUAUUGUCAAGAAAGUGACGGCCUUUUCAUUCUAUCUUCAAAGGACACACACAGAUCUCCGACUCUCUUCCGAAACCUUAAACAAACGCUCCUUUUUCCGUCCUCCGAUUCUCUUCUCCGCAAAUCAGGGUUUGUUGGAAAUGGCUGAACAAAAGAAGCAACCAGUUUUCACCAAGGUCGACCAGCUGCGACCUGGAGCAAAUGGCAUUAACCUUACAGUAAAAGUUGUUUCUUCUAAGAUGAUAAUGCAGAGGGGUCGUGCUGAUGGAACUCAGGGACGCCAAAUGCGACUUGCUGAAUGUUUGGUUGGCGAUGAGACAGGAAUGAUAAUCUUCACCGCAAGAAAUGAUCAAGUGGACGUGAUGAAAGAGGGUACAACUGUAAUCCUACGUAAUGCAAAAAUCGACAUGUUCAAGGGGUCGAUGAGGCUUGCUGUGGACAGAUGGGGCCGCGUUGAAGUCACCGAGGCUGCUGAUUUUUCUGUCAAGGAAGACAGCAAUCUCUCCCUGAUAGAGUUCGAACUUGUGAAUGUCGUUGAAGGGUGACUUGGUAAUUGACUCUUUCUUCCGUGUUACAUCCACAACCCUAAAAUACGUGGAGGACGACCUGAGCAAUCAGAUGGUGAUUGCAGUACUAGCACUGAAAACUCGUUUUGUUUUUGCUCGCUUACUUCUUAUUUUCCUGACACAAAUGUUCUUCAGUUUUGUUUUUCUGGACAGAAAUGUUGUUUGACCAUGUAUGAUCAGUAUGAUGAAAUUUUGUUUUUUGUUCUUCGAUUA